CUAGAGAAUCUACGAACAUCAAGGAGCUGCCGAUAAAGAUAUAAUGAUUAUAGAAAGGUUGAAGAAAGACUUAAAGAGGCCCGCAAGUUGAGAGAAAGAGGAAAAGAACCGAGCAAGGAAAUUGCCCUUUUCGAAGGAACGACUAAAGAAGAGGAUGAACGGGAAAACUGGAAUUACCUGAAAUAGAUAAAAGUUAUGGACCGCACGGACAGCUUUGUUGCAUCCAGAGGAGGAGACCACGGCGACGACAUUGUUGACGUGAGAGUGGUGGACGAUAGCAGGAUUGGAAGAGAACAUCUUCCAGCAGCAGCAGGAGCAGAAGGAGAAGGAAGGAGCAAGAGGGGGGGUGGCCUGUCGGGCCAAAGAAACGAGCAGCGUUCAGCAGCAGCAACCCCGAGCGGAGAGGUAGGUGACGGGGGAGGGCGAGGAGCGGCGAAGGUGGUGGGUGCUGCGGUUGCUAACAAAGCACCGCAUCCUGUGAACGUUAAACAGGAGCUGCAGGAGGAGGAAGAGGAGGAGGAGGAGGAGGAGGAGGAAGAGCAGAAGGGAGAUGUAGCAAUGGACAGAGGCGACGGGGUUGUAGAGCUUGAGGGAAACGUUCAGUAUAUGGACGUGCCCGAUGGGGACUAUUACGAUUUCGAUCAUGAGAGGACAGAGAAGGACGUGGCGUCCGGUCAGAUCUGGGCGCUGUAUGACGAUGUAGACGGCAUGCCACGUUACUACGCGAAGAUCAGAGCGAUCUCCAUGAACCCCUUCGAGGUCGUAAUGACGUGGCUGGAAGAGACAGAUAGAAACGGGAAAACGCUGCAGAAGAGAGGCGGAGGGACGACUAAAGCCUGGUAUGGUGGUCGGUAUGGGCCAUCGGGGUGCGGGUUCUACCGGGUUCAAAAGCUAUCGACGCAGAAGUCGACCAUGGCAUUCUCUCACAAAGUAGAGUGGAAGAAGAGGACAGGACAUCGUAUAACAAUCUAUCCGCACGUGGGGCAAGUAUGGGCUUUACACGUGCCGGGGAGAGACACUUUUGUAGGAUCAGGAUCAGGAAAGGGAGUCGGGGCGUAUCAGGUGGUGGAGAUUGUAGGAGACUGGAGCGACGAGAAGGGUAUCAGGGUAGAGGCGCUUGAGAAGGUUAGCGGGUUUAAGUGCAUUUUCAGGAGGGGGGGGGUAGGAGACGAUGGUGGAAAGCAAGGCAGUGCGGGGACAGAGACCGGCUUCGGAAUAAUGGCAUGGGACGAGAAGAGGUUUUCCCAUCAGAUUCCUGUGUACAGAUUCAAAGGGGGAGAGAUGACGGGAGUAACGGCGGGAAUGCUCGAGCUUGACCCUGCCGCCUUGCCGGGAGAGUUUGCCGGAUCUAUUACGUAGGAUGGGCUAGACGGUGCUCUGUGUCUACAAUCGGACACACAUCGCAUCGCAUGCAAAUUCGCGCGCUCGUAUGUCUAUCAUCCAUAUGUACACGACGGACAUGAUUCUGUGCAAACACAUCCCACUCACGUAAACGCGUACGGCGGGUGACUGACGCUGAUAGCUUGUCGGCUUUUGCCUUCUCUCCCCUCUCUGGCUCCUCAAUGCUUCUACUUUUGGCCGUGGAUCUGUGUACUGUUUACUAUUCAGCGUAUAUACUGCUCCCUGGUAUCGAUGCCUUCGCGGGGGGGCAGCGAGCGAGCGAGCGAGCGAGCGAGAGAGAGAGAGAGAGAGAGAGAGAGAGAGAGAGAGAGAGAGAGAGAGAGAGAGAACGGGUUGUGGUUAUGCGCAACAAGGGACAGUAGAGCAUGAUGGAAGAGUUUGAUUGGCCAGAGGUUGAAGAUGUGCUUGUGGUUGUGGUACAUCAUUCGGACGACUACACGGGAGCGAGAAGUUCUACUGUAUAUUGGGGCCAGGAGGACGAGAGAACAGCUGGGCAAGAGACACAUUGUGAUGUGAUUCUCACGAAUGGAAACCGUGUACAAGGAAGGAGGACGCUGGGGAGAUUUAGCAUGUGUCGGGAUUUUUCGAUGAUAUGCCACCUGUUUGGGGGACAAGUACGCGGGCCAGCGGAACGCAGUGUUUGUAAAUGCUUUGCAAGGAAGCAGACAUGGACUGCAGAGAGCGGUGAUCGUCAAUAGCACCACUGCCAACCUCUGCCUUGCUUUCUUCCUCGGGAAUGACCCCAUGGGAGAAAUGAUUCGUUGCUGUCUAGGGUUAGGAGGUGGAGGUGAUGAUAAUGGUGGUCGCGGGUCGCAAGAGGAAAGCAAGGAAGGGAACACAUCCUUGGGACGGACAUAGACAAGGGUAGGGAAAGGAGAGAGGCGCAAGGAGGGACGGGACGGGUAAGGGAGAGGGCCAUUUUUUAUCUCAUCUUUCCAGAACGUUUUGUCUGGGCUCGUUUUAGCGGAACGAUUGAAUCUGUGAAUUAGUCACUUUUUCUUUCCGAUCCAAUGUUUCUAUAAUUGUGGUGUCGACGAAGCGAGACUGCUGCAGUGUCGGAAGUCGUAAGAAAUGCGAUUUUGUUAUGGCUUCUCCAUGUUUGAUAUCCCUCGGAUCGGGUGUGCCAAGACUCUUAGUUAAGCAUUUGGCGCUGGUGAGCGGGUGGGUGGGUGUGCAUGCAGGACGUGAUUGGCCCUCGACUGCAAAGUGGAGUGAGUCACCCUUGAUCGCAAAGUGGAGCUGAGCAGGCAGUGUCUGUAAAACAGGUACUAUGCGUCAGCCCUAGGUGGGUGUGCGAAUAACCGGGCACUAUGAACGCGCCUACCGGCGGGUGUGCAAAUAACCGGGCACGAUGAACGCGCCUAUCGGCGGGGGCGUGCGAACGACCGGGUACUUAUGAAAGUGCCUAAGGGAGUAUAGACUCACCGACCCCCAGCUUUGGAGGGCAGUUCUCUCCCUCUCUCUCCCUGCCUUUGGUUGUAGUGCUGGUUCUCCCUCUCUCUCCCCUGCCACGCAAGAUGAAGUGUCGUCCUGAGGGUGGUCCGGUCUGACAGGUCUGACAGAAACCAGAAUGCAUGCUUUCACGUUGCAACUGCCAAUUAUUUUUUUUCCCAUUUUUGUUGAUCGCGUUGCGGCGUUGGUCGCAAUUCGUGCUAAGGAGUCUAUCAAAACAAAACACAAAACAAAUA